CUUCUCCAAACCAUCAAAGCACACUAGCUCACACAGUGAGGUAGCAUAGCUAGCUAAGCCAGCAUGGUCUUUAAGAAGAACGCCAUGUCUUCCUCGGUUCUCUUCCUCGCCGCGCUGCUGCUGCUCUCGUCCAGCUCCAUGAGCAGCGCGGCACGGUGGCUCGAGGAGGAGUACCCGCCGCACCCCACCGUGCCGGAGUUACCCAAGCCGGAGGUGCCGCCGCACCCCGCCGUGCCGGAGCUGCCCAAGCAUGAGGAGCCGCCGCACCCCGUCGUGCCGGAGUUGCCCAAGCACGAAGAGCCGCCUCACCCCGUCGUACCGGAGCUUCCCAAACCUGAGCUGCCGCCACACCCCGUCGUGCCGGAGUUGCCAAAGCACGAAGAGCCACCACACCCCGCCGUCGUGCCGGAGUUGCCCAAGCACGAAGAGCCGCCGCACCCUGCCGUCGUGCCGGAGUUUCCCAAGCACGAGGAGCCACCACACCCUGCCGUGCCGGAGCUGCCACACCCAGCUGUGCCGGAGAUACCGCACCCAGCCGUGCCGGAGCUUCCCAAGCACGAGGAGCCGCCACACCCCGUCGUGCCGGAGCUGCCAAAGCCGGAGGUGCCACACGCCGCCGUGCCGGAGUUGCCCAAACCUGAGCUGCCGCCACACCCCGCCGUGCCGGAGCUGCCUAAGCACGAAGAGCCGCCGCACCCUGUCGUGCCGGAGCUGCCCAAGCACGAGGAGCCGCCGCACCCCGUCGUGCCGGAGCUGCCGAAGCCUGAAGAGCCGCACCACCCCGAGGUGCCGGAGCAUGAACAGCCGCCGAAGCCUGAGAGCCAUUACCCCGAGGUGCCGAUGGCCAAGCCAUGAUCGGAUGGCGAUGCAGAGAUUAUUGAUCGGGCCCAUCAUAUCGCAUCCUGAAUAAUCAUGGGUUUAUUUGUAUAUGUGUGUAUGAUAUGAUCAUGUAAACUGUGGUGUUUGCUAGGAAUGUGUGAGUGAUGCUUGAUGUUUCAGCCAUCCAGUUGUUCUUGUUCUUGGAGGAUGUACUUGCGUGUGCUACGCUUAUAUCUAUGCACACAUCAUCUACCCAUGUACCAUAUAUGCUUCAUUAAUUUAUGUUUGAAUUAUGUUUCUAGUAUUAUAUAAA